CGUCUCUGUGCGGGCGAGGGGGGCGGUUGCUAGGCUGCGGUCCGGGCCUAGUAGGCCGCAGGGGCGGCGUGGCCGGCCAGGCAGGCAGCCGAAAGGACGGCGAGGGAACGCCAUGGCGGCUUCGCCUCGGCCGGAGCCGCGCGGCUCGGAGACACCCAGCAGCUGCGUGCUGUGUUGCGGAGAGCUGGAGGUGGUGGCGCUGGGCCGGUGCGAGCACCCCAUCUGCUACCGCUGCUCCGUGCGGAUGCGGGCGCUCUGCGGGGUGCGCUACUGCGCCGUCUGCCGGGAGGAGCUCGCCCAGGUGGUCUUUGGGAAGAAGUUGGCAUCCUUUUCAACUAUUGCACUCAACCAGUUGCAGCAUGAGAAGAAAUAUGACAUCUAUUUUACUGAUGGAAAAGUUUAUGCUCUCUAUAGAAAGCUUCUGCAGCACGAAUGCCCACUGUGCCCAGAGGCCAAGCCAUUCGCCACCAUUGUCGACUUGGAGCAGCACAUGAGGAAGCAGCACGAGCUCUUCUGCUGCAGACUGUGUGUGAAACACCUGAAGAUCUUUACCUAUGAGCGCAAGUGGUAUUCACGUAAGGACCUUGCCCGGCACAGAAUCCACGGGGACCCCGAUGACACGUCUCACCGCGGCCACCCCCUGUGCAAAUUCUGUGAUGAGCGCUACUUGGAUAAUGAUGAGUUAUUGAAGCACCUGAGAAGAGACCACUAUUUUUGCCACUUCUGUGACUCUGACGGGGCACAGGAAUACUACAGCGAUUAUGAGUACCUCCGGGAACACUUCCGCGAGAAGCACUUCCUCUGCGAAGAAGGCCGGUGCAGCACCGAGCAGUUCACUCAUGCCUUCCGGACUGAGAUAGACUACAAAGCCCACAAGACGGCCUGUCACAGCAAGAACCGGGCAGAGGCCAGGCAGAACCGGCAGAUUGACCUCCAGUUCAACUAUGCGCUGAGACAUCAGCGGAGAAAUGAGGGUGUCGUGGGUGGCGAGGACUAUGAAGAGGUUGACCGAUACAACAGGCAAGUGAGGGGAGGCCGGUCAGGGCCACGAGGAGGGCAGCAAAACCGGAGAGGCAGCUGGAGAUACAAGAGGGAGGAAGAAGACAGAGACAUUGCAGCAGCUGUCAGGGCAUCCGUAGCCGCCAAAAGGCAAGAAGAGAAGAAGCGGGGGGAGGACAAAGAGGACGGCUCCCGUGCCAAAAAGGAAGAUGCAAAAGAUCUGGACAUGAGCACCUCCAAGCGGGGACCAAAACCUCCAGCCGAUGUGCCAGCUCCCAAGGAAACUGCUGCAAAGGCUGUUUUGAGCCAAGAUGACUUUCCUGCCAUUAACUCGACAGCAGUGGGCUCUGUGCAGAGCUCGGCCCAGCCAGCCUCGGUGAAACUAGACGAAGAGGACUUCCCAAGUCUCUCUGCCUCCUCCUCGACUGCCCCCACGGUCUCAUCGGCCAUGUCCUUGACCUACACGGCCACAGCCAGGAGGUCGGCCUUUCAGGAGGAGGACUUCCCGGCCUUGGUGUCCAAAGUGCAGCCAAACAUCAAGGCGGCCUCGACCCUCACCUCCGCCUGGAACUGUAGCUCAGGCAAGAGCAUGGUGAAAGCUGUGCCGACCAGCAACUCCAGUGCCAGCCAACCGACCAGGAAGGCAGUCCCCAGCAGCAGCGGCAAAGCCAGCAAAAAGAACAAGGCUGCCCUUUGCAGUGACGACCAGGAGAGCGGCAGUGGCCUGACUAGCCAGGAGAUCCGCAGCGCUCCGACCAUGGUCGACGUCUCCUCUCUGCUGGUGGCCUCAAACUCUCAGACUUUUGUCAAAGUGGGCAAGAAGAAGAAAGUUGGGGCCGAGAAGCUGAGGGUGGCCUCUCCCUCCAUCUUGCAGGAAGCACCACCUCCUAUCCCUUCUGCGGAGAAGGCACUGGAAGCUGAGCAGGUGCCAAACUUGCCUGCCAGCGCUGAUGUAUCAGCUAUUGUGAACGGUCACUCGGAGAAGUGUGUGGGCACUUGCAAUGCUUCUAAAGAGCCCCCUGGUUUGAAUAAGCCCCCAGCAGCCAGCCAGACCCUGCUGCCUCAGGAAGACUUCCCAGCCCUCGGAAACUCUGGACCACCCCGAAUGCCUCCACCCCCAGGCUUCAACUCUGUGGUGCUGCUUAAUAGCCCCCCACCACCUCCGGGACUGUCAGUGCCUCUUAGCAAACCACCCCCUGGCUUCACUCCUAUUCCACCCACUAGCAUCUCGGAGUCUGCCCCUGUUCCUGUGAAAGAGCCAAAACCUUGUCAGGGACCCUAUUUGAUCCUGGAUAACUUCCAGCAGCGGAACAUCCAUCUAAUCCAGUCAAUCAAGGAAUUUCUGCAAGAAGAUGAAUCCCAGUUCAACAAAUUCAAGACAUAUUCUGGGCAGUUCAGGCAGGGUCUGAUUUCUGCAGCUCAGUAUUACAAGAGUUGCCAGGAGCUGCUGGGCGAGAACUUCAAGAAGAUCUUCAACGAGCUCCUUGUGCUGUUGCCGGAUACGGCCAAGCAGCAGGAACUGCUUGCCGCUCACAAUGACUUGAAGGCCAGGCUGGGCUCCUCCACUUCCCCCAUUGGUAGAUCCAGGAAGAACCGGAAGAGCGCCUGGCAGACAGACUUGGGCUCCGACCUCGACUGUUGCGUCUGCCCCACAUGCCAGCAGGUGCUGACCCAACAGGACCUCCUUUCCCACAAAGCCUUGCAUAUGGAGGAGGAGGAGGAAUUCCCCUCCUUGCAGGCUAUCAGCAGGAUCAUCAGCUAGCUGUUCCAGGCAACUAAAUAAAGCCAGUCUCCAUCUUUUAAAAAUGGCAUUUCUUGGAAGGCAGGCUCUCAGAAGAGUGUAAAGCAGCCGGCUCUGUGGGCAGGCAGAGGGAGUUUGUGGAAGGUACUGGCAAGCUAAGGGGGUUCCUGGGUGACAACGGGCCUCCUGCCACAAAAAUGGGCUGGAAUUGCAAGUUCCCAGUGGGUGGAGCCUAGUUUGCCACCACUGUUGAUGAAUUAGCUAGUUUCUGACCUUGGCACAAUACGGAAAUAUGGGCAGGGAGGGGUUGUCUUCAUUUGUAAAAAAUAAAAAAAUGGGAAGGUUACCAUUUUGGUUGCAGAAAGCCAUUGAGAAUGGCUCAGAAGCAGUCACACAUAAGAUGUAAGUUGUGUAGGCCACACAGGAUGGGUGUUGGGAAUGUAGAGCUGGGCAAAAGUGCCAUGGCAAGUAUGGAUUUGGGCCUCUCUCUGGCCCACUCUUGUCUCCCACCCCAAUUCAGCUCUUUGGAUGAGUUUCUUCCAUCGACAGGGAUGGAACUUCUUAAGAAAAUAUCUGCAUCUAGACUUCAAAGCAUUUUUUCUGUCAAGCUUAAAUGUUUCUCUCCAAGGAAACCCAGAUUUGUUCUGUUAAAACUGCAUGUAGGUUUAAAAAAUGGUAUUCAAUGCUUUUUCUUCUCUGUGUAAAAUGUGCAUUUCUGCCUUUGUGAUGCGAGUUCAGUUAUUUCCAUUGUCUUUGAGGAAUCUGUGCUGGCUUAGAUCAGCCAGUGGUUGGCUCAUUAAAUGCUGCUCCACAUUGACCACCA